AAAUUUGGACAAGCAACCUCGUAACCUCAUAACUUUGACAAAGUAAAGCAACAAAAUCCACUUUUUCUUUAGGGUCCUCAAGGAAACGAUUUUAACUGACAAACAAUGGCGGACGAGGACCCAGUUAAUGGAACCUCCGAUGAAAAUAGCGAAAAAUCCCAGCAGAAGAAACAGGUUAAAUAUGAUAGUGGGGCUGCGGAUCUUGAAAAAGUAACGGAUUACGCUGAGGAAAAGGAAAUUUCCACUCAAGACGUUGCGAAUGCUAUUUCGGCUAUCGGUGACCGAAGAAAUCAGGCUGCGCUAGAAAAACAGGCCAGGGAAAAAGAGCUACUGAAGGUUUCUAUUAAAAAGGAGGAUGUGGACCUAAUAGUAAGAGAAAUGGAAAUAUCAAGAUCUAUAGCCGAACGAACAUUGAGAGAAAAUCAUGGAAGUAUUGUUAAUGCUUUGAUCUCCCUUACUAAUUAAUGUACCAAAAUAAGUUGUUUAUAAUUAAUAACUCUUUUAUAAAUA